UCAUUGUUGAAGGAAGCAUUAAAAUAGCUAAAGAAGAGCCAUGAAUUUGGCUUCCAUAAUCCAUAACAACUCUACUCAAUUGCCUCCAAAGUUCCAUAAGAUUUCCCCAAUCUCUUCGCCAUCUACAUCCCCAAAAUGGGUUCACUUUCAAUUAGCUCAUCUUCGCUCAUUUGGGUGUAAAUGUAGAGGAAGAAGAUAUAGUGCGGUGGUUUCCUGCUUGAGAAAAUCUGAACAAGGGGAAGAGUUGUCUAAUGCUGAAGAGAGAACUCAAGGGUCUAGAACUUAUGUGUCUUCUGUCAGGACAGUAGCCUUGUGUGUGUUUUCAGCAGUGGCAUUUGGUGUUGGCGUGGGGCUCACGGAUGGAGUUAGCAAGUCAUCUGAAUUUUUCGCUGGGUAUCUGCUGGAGCAGAGUUUGUCAGUGGAUAAUUUAUUUGUAUUCGUUCUGAUAUUCAAAUAUUUCAAAGUACCACUUAUGUAUCAGAACCGGGUGCUCUCGUAUGGAAUUGCUGGUGCCAUAAUCUUCAGGUUGUCUAUCAUACUGCUAGGAACAGCAACCCUGCAGAGAUUUGAGGCAGUUAACUUACUGUUGGCGGGGAUUCUUCUAUACUCGUCAUUCAAGUUGUUCACUGGAGAAGAAGAAGAUGCUGAUCUAUCUGACAAUUUCAUUGUGAAGACCUGCCAGAAAUUCAUUCCCAUCACAUCUGAAUAUGAUGGUGACAAGUUCAUAACUUUGCAGGAUGGUGUACGGAAAGCUACCCCUUUACUUCUGACAGUAGCGGUUAUUGAACUCAGUGAUAUUGCAUUCGCUGUUGAUUCUAUACCAGCAGUUUUUGGUGUCACAAGAGAUCCUUUCAUAGUUUUCACAUCCAAUCUCUUUGCAAUUUUAGGAUUGAGGUCAUUGUACACACUCAUUUCUGAAAGUAUGGGGGAGUUGGAAUAUCUACAGCCUUCCAUUGGUGUUGUCCUGGGAUUCAUUGGAUUCAAAAUGAUCCUAGACUUUUUCGGAUACCAUGUUUCCACAGAGGCGUCUCUUGGUGUUGUAGCGACAUGUCUAAGCACUGGAGUCUUGCUGAGUCUUGUAAAGAAAUCUGAUCAAUGAGUUGGGAUGCUCUCAAGAUCAUGUUCUUUAGGAGGAUAGAGGAGAUAUCUAUGAUGUUCCUUUUUUUUUUUCUUCUCUUCGUCGUUGUCUUGAACUUGCUCUGUCAAAUGUACUUUAUUCAAUUGAUAUGACAAUGACAAAAUUAACAAUCUUUUAGCAUGUUUCUUUUUGUAAUAAUUUGAUUUCUUAAUGCAACUCAGGUUGGGAUGAAUUAUUA